UUGGAGGCUCAAGAAAAAGUGACUGUUUCUUUGUCCGUCCCGCUUUUCCUGUCCUACUGCUCAUUGUAGUCGACCAUACCGGUAUGAAGCCCCUCGUUUCCUGUCCGAUUAGGAAAUAGGUAAAUUCUGUGGUCUGCCCAUACUAACGAACUUUGAAUUGAUUAGCUACGUACUUUUUACACCCUCGCUCCCACCCGUCACAAAAAGCAAAUCCGGCACCAUGGUCGAUGCUCCCGAGAGCCCUAAGCCGCAGGAACAAACUCCCCAGAAGAACUUCUACCAGAAUGGGGUCAGGACGACAGGCCGGGCUUUCCACUCUCCCAACUGGCGCGUGAAGCGUGAAGAGAGCCCCAGUGGACAGAGCGCUGCCGCUGGGUCCCCCGGUCCCAAGACAAGCACGUCAAGACUCGCCUUUAGCCGCCCCAGCCCGCAUGUCCCGCAAGCGAUCUCGGAAGGCCGUCGCCUCUACGUGGGCAACAUGCCUUACACGGCCAAGUCGGAGGAUGUGCAAGCCCUCUUUGAUGCGGCCGAGUUCUCAAUCGAGCGUAUCGACAUCGCCAUUGACCCUUUCACCGGCCGCAAUCCCUCAUACUGUUUCGUCGAUCUGGAGACCAAGGAGCUGGCUGAGCGUGCCAUGACAGAGUUGGAUGGUCGGGAUAUGCUCGGUCGUCCUGUCAAGAUCAAGCCCGGUGUUGUGAAGACUUCCAGUGAACGGGCUCAGCAACAGCAGCAGCAGCAGCAGCAGUCGCCGCGCGUGGACGCCUCUCCUCGCGAGACGAGAUCUUCUCCGUUCAACAUGGACCGGUGGCGCCGUGGUGACGAGGCUCAGCCCCCUCGCACUCCCGUGAAGACCCCCAGCACCAACCCUAGCAACAGCAGCGAUGCCAGCCGUCGCCUCUAUGUUGGCGGCAUCCCGAGAUUGACGGAUCAGGAGGCGAUCACCAGCAACAUCACCAACUUCUUCAAGGAAUACAAUGUUGAGAAUGUUAGCAAGCUGUUCGCCCCCCACCCCGCGAAGAGAUUCGAGCCCGGUGACCACUACUACCUGUUCGUCGACUUCAGCAGCGCCGAAGAAGCCGAAAACGCCAUGAACGCUCUGAACCGCGCAGAGGGACCCUGGGGCGCCACUCUCCGGGUCCAGAGAGCUCGUGGAGAGACCAACUCGCAGGACCGGAGAAACAAGUACUCUACUGGCCGGGAUGAGGUCGCGCCCGCCGCCCCCGCUGCUGAGGAGGUUGCCGUCGGAGUAUAGUCCCGAUAGCCCGACACUGCCGAGCGAUCAUCAUCAUGAAGACCGAGUCUUCUCCCCGAAGCUAAAAAUAGAUGCCUGACGUUGUUACGAUAUGAAUAAGGGGCUUCCACCCCAACAAAAGAAGUUUACGAACUACGCCCCUCCGCCUCAGCCUCCGUCUGUUGAUAAACCCGCGGACGGAGGCCAAUGAACGGCCAUGGGUCGGCGGCAAGGGGCGAUGCUUAUCGGGGCUCCCGUCCCGUGCAGAAGCAUCAAAGGCCUGUUCGUUUCUAUCCAUAGGGCUACGCAUCUACCGUACGGAUAUGAGACGGGGCCGGACACAUUAAAAAAGGGGGGAAAGGUUGGAUAUAAUGGCCAUUGGGUCGCAAAAGAAUUGCAUAGACAAGCACCUAGAAUUCACUCCAUAUAAUAGUCUCAAAUGCACAUAAUCACCC